GGGAGAUCAGAUAUAGUGAAUGCAGGAUCCGGGGAGAUCAGAUAUAGUGAAUGCAGAGUCCGGGGAGAUCAGAUAUAGUGAAUGCAGAGUCCGGGGAGAUCAGAUAUAGUGAAUGCAGGGUCCGGGGAGAUCAGAUAUAGUGAAUGCAGGGUCCGGGGAGAUCAGAUAUAGUGAAUGCAGGGUCCGGGGGAGAUCAGAUAUAGUGAAUGCAGAGUCCGGGGAGAUCAGAUAUAGUGAAUGCAGGGUCCGGAGAGACCAGAUAUAGUGAAUGCAGGGUCCGGGGAGACCAGAUAUAGUGAAUGCAGGGUUCUUGGGGAAGGGUUAAAGUCUAUGUAGGAGCACCACACCAAAGGUUUUAGU